UCACCCGUGGAGCUAGAACUGCGACCCGCAAAGCCAACCACGAUACGAUAGGCGCUUAGGCGGUCGGCCGAAGCGAAGCAACAGGACCAACAAGCACGAACGAAUGCAACACGACGACGAUCAGUCCAAGCACAUUCUUUGUCGUGUGUUCACGACGCUCUGCGUAAAAAUUAGGAAGUAGUGUUUUGUAGUUGUGUUUUAUGUCAGUGUGGACUUAGUGAGUUUUUAUAUACACUGUGAACAGUGAUAACAAGUGCCUUAUAUCAAAAUGGCACUAAAUCAGGAUGAAGCUAAGCAAGUAGUGAGAGUGGAUCAAGAUUCGGAAACAGAUUUACAAGCUCUUUUUGAUAGCGUUUUAAAACCAGAUUCAAAGAGACCUUUACAAGUGCCAUGGAGUAUGAGAAAGCUCCCAGACUCAUUUUUUAAUCCGCCGUCAACGGGUUCGAAAUCUAUCAACCACUCUCGCGAAAAUUCAGUGGAUUCCGCUUUUGGGGGUGGUGCUACGGGUGCUACCUCUGUGAAUUCGGUACCUUUACAAACUGCUCAUCACAGGGCUCACAGUUCUCCAGCUUCCCUUCAACAGACUUAUGCUGUAGGACAGCAACAAGCACCAGUUCAUCAUAUAAAACAAAGAUCGUACGACGUGGCCAGUAAAUCAGAAGAUAACACCCCUUUGCCCCCCGGAUGGGAACAAGCUCGCACCCCCGAAGGGCAGGUGUAUUAUUUAAAUCACACGACACGCACAACCACUUGGGAGGAUCCAAGGAAGUCCCUAGCUGCACAAGCCGCAGCCCAGCAGCACCAGAGCGCCGAACAACUCCUGACCUCUCAUCAACUGUCACACCCCCAGUCACCUAAUUCUAAUACAACUGCCAAAGUUAAUACAGAUGUAGAUUUAGGGCCGUUACCUGAAGGAUGGGAGCAGGCACAAACUCCCGAAGGGGAAAUCUAUUUCAUUAACCACCAAACACGUACAACUUCGUGGUUCGAUCCUAGAAUUCCAACGCACUUACAGCAGCGUACAUCGGGCGGCAACAUAAUCGGCUCAAAUUGGCACUCUCCAACCCUAUCGUCAUCACCGGCCAAAGCGCAGCAAAUAAGGCUACAGCAGCUACAAAUGGAAAGAGAGAGACUUAAACAAAGACAGCAAGAGAUCAGGCGGCAGCAAGAAAUUAUGAUGCGCAGCUCCAGCGAUCUACCAGUAAUGGACCCGUUUUUAUCCAGUCUGACUGAUCACUCAAGGCAGGAGUCAGGGGAUAGUGGACUUGGUAUGGGAACCACAUACUCAAUGCCCCACACUCCCGAGGACUUUCUAGCAAAUAUGGACGAUAACAUGGACGUAGGUAGUGAAAGCCACACGAUGGACACCCCCGACAUAUCUACGUUAAGUGAUAACAUUGACUCCACGGACGACUUAGUGCCUACCCUCCAACUCGGCGAAGAAGAAUUCCCGAUGUUAGAUGUGCAAUCCCUAAUAAAUCCGCCAACUACAAGACCUGAUAACGUACUCAUCUGGUUGUAAUUUAAGUGCCUCAAAUCUGCUCACGUCUUUCUAAAAAAUUUAUAUAUAUAUACGCAGUGUAUUGAUAAGUCAAACUCAUUUUUCGCUUAGGUAAAUUAUUUAUUACGUUUCGGAUAAGCUCUGUGUAUGUUAAGUAACUUGAUUUCUUAGAAUUUCUCAGAAUUUAGUCGAUUUUGGAUUUUUUUAUCUAUAAAGACGGUUCCUUGACAUCUCGUAACGCCAUCAAUUCGUAACGCCGUCAUUUCGUAACGGCAACACGUCGUAACAUCGUCAGUUCGUAACUAUAACUAUUCGUAACGGUAUAAUUGGUAACGCCAACAUUUCGUUUUUUUUUAGCAAAUUUAGCAUUACUAAAUAUAUACAAUGAAUGUAUUUUGCAUACUUUCCUACACUAAAAGUAGUAGUACCUACUUUUUUAAGACUACUUCUUUUUAAAUAAAUUUCACACAUAUUUUUGCAUAUAUUUUUGUAAAUACGACAACUAAAGAGUAGUAGUAGCUACUUUUUAAGACUACUUCUUUUUAAAUAAAUUUCACACAUAUUUUGCAUAUAUUUUUGUCAAUACGACAUCUAAAGAAUAUUUUGUAAAUUUUUAUCCUAAAUUAUCACCUUAAAGUAGUAAAACUAGUGUUACAGGUAGAUUAUGUUUAUUUCAAGACAAAAUUUUCAAAAUAUAUUUCUCCACGAAAUAUGAAAUGUGUUAAAAAUGUUUAUCCUGAUGCUGGUUCGUUAAAUUGAUAAACUUAAUUUCAAUUGCAACUGUAAUAAACGUUCAUUCCACGUUAACAAAAAUAAACAGAAUAAUUCAAUUUUAACGUUACGAAUAUUGCCGUUACGAAUAUUUAUAGUUACGAACUGUCGAUGUUACGGAAGUGUCACUGUUACAAAUUGAUGGCGUUACGAAUUUGUGGGGUUACGAACUGUCGCGUUACAAGAUGUCUUGUCACGAUAAAUACAUAGCAGCACAGUACACUUCAAUAUUUUUGCUGCUUAAAUACUAUUAUUCACCGAAGAAUCAAAAUAAUGAAGAAAACUAGCUGAUAUAUAUGUUAAGAUUAUUAGUUUUCUUGUAUUUACUAGACAUAUUUUUACACUUUUUAUAGUUUUUCUUAGGUUUCUACAUAUCUUUGCUAACACCAAGUCAUGUUCACUUCACAAGAACUUGAGUAGUCUCUUAUACAUCUGUAAUAAUUAUUUUUUCACAAUUUUUUGAUAUCCGUGUGGGUCAACAUAACUUACUAUUUCUGAAAUUGGUAUGCAUUUGAUUUAUAGUGGAUUUAUUUGCAGUGUUGCCAGUUGUACAAAAAAUUGUCCGUAUAUGUUUAUGGACGAGACUAUACAAUAUUAUAUGAAGAAAUGUUGAAUUCAAAAUUUAAGUAGGUAGUAUUCAUAAGAAUUCGUAGCUGUAUUUGUUUCGUACUAUAUUUGGGAAAAAACUGUCUGAUGUACAUCGUACAUUCAUUUACGUUAGAUUAUAAAAAUAAAAACAGUAGGUACAUUAGCUUUUUCUCAUACGGAUUUGGUUUAUUUUUUGUCAAAUUUGUUCAUUUUAAUAAACAACUGAGAAAAUAAAUUAGUUAAAUUCCUAUUAAAACAUAAUUAUCAAAUAAUUAUAUCCUAUACAGUUAAUACAUUUAAAUUGACAAUUUUGACAUAACAUGCCAGAUUCUUGUGUUCUAUGCAUAAUGAACCGCCAGGCAAAUAUUUUCUAACUGAAAAUCGCGUAAGCAAUCGGCAAUACUGUCUAUUUUUCAAUUAUAUGAUGCAACUGUCUUUUCUGCGUAAAUAUAUCAUGGACUUAGCAAGAAGAGACAAGGCAUCCUGAGCAAAAUAGUGCAAUACAUCGGUGGUCUAUAUAUCUCCAUUUACCCCAUUUACAUUUAUAUACUCCAUUUACAUUUAUAUAUCCAAUCUCCACGUUGGGCGCCAAUGGGCUUCUCGGGAUGUUCAAAGGGCUACGACUUCACAUAUUUCUUCCAAAUGGCGGAUGAUUUUUAUCCAGAUUCCAUUCGUGUUUUAUACUUUUCUCCUUUCUCCAAACAACAAUUGGUAAUAACUACUUUUCACUUUAAAAUUAAACUGGAGAUGUUGAAUACAAGUAAUUUAGUUGAAAUUAUCAACCCGCCUUCGUCUAGCCGAUUCGACAGCCAGCAGUCAAGUGCCAUGAGUACCAUGAGUACGACGUCAAACUCUCAGAACACGAAAGAAUAUUCACCGAUACCAACCCAAGAAACUAACAGGUAGUUUUUAGUGUGUUUAUGACGUCAUAAAAAUUUUUUAAAAUAUAAAAGAAAAUAAUAGUUAUAAAUGGGAAUUACGAGUAACUUAGAGAAAUUUAAUUAAGCAAUCAAAAGAAAAUAAUUAUAAAAAUAAUUAAAGAGUUCAAAAAUGAUUCGUAACGUGUCAAACCGUUACAAGACAAAGAUAACUAGACCACUCUACUGAUAGACAGAUAUUCUGACAGACAAAGAUAGCUAGUGAGUAUUGGCGUUACAACUCUAUUCACUCACAGAGCGGCCCUAGUCUAUUCUUUAUACGUCUAUGAAAUAUAUAUCCUUUACACAGAGGAGACAUUAAUGCUUCUUUAAGUAUUUGAUAGGAAAGAAGCACACGAAAUAUAAUUAUUGAUUCAUGAAUGAUAUGGGAUGUGUAGGUUACAAAAUUAACUGAAUUCUGAGAAUAGCCUGACGGAAUACUGUUAUUUUUGCAAUAUUAAACUAAUUCAAUAGCAAUAGAAGUGUUUGAUAUUUUAUAACUAUAUUGUUAAUACUAAAAUUUUAGCAUUUGUAAUAUUGUAUUUUUGUCACAGUUUAUGGGAGCGUUAUUUUACUGUUGGGUAUGUUUUUCAUACGUAUAUAGUUUUUAAUUUAUCAACUAAGCUAGUUGUUACUUAUAUCAUUAUUACCUAAUUGGUCUACUUACAUACUCCUACACAAAUUUUUGACCGAAUUUGAACAUAACUUUUGUACAUGUAUUUGUACAAAUAUUUGUUUCAAAAGCUCAAUUUGCUUUAAAACUGUACAGUAGGGCCAUGAAAAAAAUCUACAAACUGUUCAUUUCAAAUACAGUGGUAAAUGAUUAUUUUAGUAUAGUGUAGUGAUUAUCAGAAUGAUCUUAUUGCUCUUUUGAGGAUAGUUCUCCAUCUUUCUUUAUUAUGGGUUGCUCAGAAUCCAUCUUCUCCAUCCAAGAAACUUUUAGAAUUCUUUUAUAGCACUACAUUUCAAAAGCCUCGAGGAGAUUUAGAUCACUUUUAUUCACAGUCCAAGACUCAGUACUAUAAAGUAAGAUCGAGAACAUGUAGCAAUGAAGUAAGUGGAUCCGCAAUGCCAAUUUUAGGUCUCUGUUACACAAUACCUUGGACAUCCCUCUAAAAGCGGCUCUACCCUGCGCAAUUCUGGAUCUAAUUUCACCACGACUCUCUGCGUUACAAUUUAACUGAUAUCCAAGAUAAACAAUUUGACCAACUUGUUCCAGUUUGGUACCAUUUACAUAAUAUAGACGGCUUUUUAUACUCUUUCCUUAUUAUGAGUAUCUUGGUUUUCCGAAUGUCAGAUCCAGACUUGCUUCCUUAUAUCUCUCAACUGUUCAACAAGUACUGUUUGCAGAUCUUCUUGAGUAGAAACUAUGUAGGAGUACUGUGUCCCCAGGCAACCAAAUAACGUUUUCAAAACGUUGAAAAGACGUCAUAAUUAUCACCAAACCACGUCAGUUUAUCACGUUUUUUCGACGUCGAAAGUCACGUGAAUUUGUCCCACCAUAAUUGACGUAAUUUUUACCACCUUUUAAAUACGUGAUAUCAAAAACGUAGUUUUUAUGUCGUUUUUAGAUUAUUUUUCAUUAUGUGAUUUUAAAGAUACACAAAUAAUUAUUCGUAUGGGCAUUAUUGGUAUUGCAAUUUUUCAUUUAACCGUUUUAAAUUUAGCCCAUACGCUAAAAGUAAAACCAAGUGGAAGACUCUCUAAAAUGUAUAGAAUUACAAUACCCUCAAUGCAACAUACGUAUAUAGAAUUUUCACUUUUUAUGUUUUAUGUAUACUUACUGUGUCAAAAUUGAAACAACAUAUAAACUAAUAAACAAUUUAUUAACAAAUUAAUUUAAUUAAACUCGAUAACACACAAUUAGUUCAUUAACAGAAAAUAAACAUUAAAACAAAUUAAACCAUAACCUCAAACAUUUUUCAAGAAGAAUUAUUGCAUUAAACUAACUCACUUGAGAAAAACGAAUGAAAAUCUCUUAAUUAACACGUUUCUUCAACUAAACAUCUAAAUGAAAAGUCUUAUUUUACUACACAAAGCACGUAAACAAUAAAUGAAAGACUUCUGAUGGAAAUUGUUUGGAGUCAUAAGCAUUAAGACUUUAAGCUCUUCCCAAUUUUGUGACGUCAGACUUAGGGCCGGUACUUUCUGUCCCGAUUAAACCCCGGCUAGCGAAAUUUUACAUGACAAAAUUCCUCUAAUCGGGACAGAAAGUUGCAGAAAGUACCGACCCUUAGCCUGUCUGAAAUGAAAAGGUGUUUUUAAGACGUAUUUUAACGUCAUUAAUCUUACGUAUUUAAAAUCACCUACAAAAGACGUUUUUACGACGUAAUAUUCAAACACGUGUAUAUAUUCAACCAAAAACUGACGUUUCCUCAACGUUCUUGACGUUACUUGGUUGCCUGGGAAGUCCGCAUAUAGCAAAUUAUUGAUGACUUCAUCGUUCACAAUUAUUUCUUCUUGUUUUUCAGAAAGUGCCUUUUUGAUAAAAAAAUAUCCUUGCCAUAUUCCCUUUAAUAUUAAGAGGCCAUUAUUCCAAACCGUCUACUAAAACGGAUGUUGUUUGAUUUCAAUACAAAUUUGCAAUUAUGUGAACGUCUCUGCCAUCUAAGCUAAUGUCUCUUAGAACUCGGAUCAAUAUAGAGUGCUAACACGAGCAACUGCCUUUUGGAAGUCAAUAAAACAGUACAUAUGUACAGAUAUAUCACCACAUGUGAUAUUACCUAAUUUUGACGUUGACAUUUUUGUACAACUUUAAAUGAAAUAAUAUAUAUUAUGCUGUUUUUUUUAGAUCCAUUAAACCUUAAUAUAAGCUUCUUCAGUAAGCAUGAGUUGUGAAAUGUGCAAAAACUUAUAUAUUACAUGUGUAUCAUAAUCAAAUCCUGAUGAACAAAGAAUUUGUUGAAAGCUGUCAUUUGUCACUGAGUUUGAAAUGAACAAUACUCAGUACCUUUCAAAAAUUGUAUAUUUCCACUAUAAUCGUUCGUCAAAUAUAUUAUUCGUUCUGUUUUUGGUGAGGCUCUCACGUUUAAAAACUAUUUUCAAACACAAGAUUUACAAAUAUUUUUUCGUUUAAAUGAAAAACUCUCAAAGGAUUCAAUAUUUUUAAUAUUAAAAAUAAUUGCAAUGGAUGUUUAAAUUUUGUAAUCAAAUUUUUGUAAAGAAUAUUGUAGUGAACGUUAAUCAAAUUAUUGAUUUGUUUAUAUUCUGAGAUUUCUUUAUCGUAUCUUAAUUUUCCGUCCAAGCUCUUUGACGUAUCAGUAAAAGUACCCACGUUAGGUCGAAUCAUUGUCAAUUUUUUUUUUGGUUUUUAAAUGACUAUACCAAGUAGCUUGGGCGGAAAAUUUCUCUGAAAUAUUAUUUUAUAGUAAUUUUAUUGUUAUAUUCGUGUUUUGCUACAUUUUUAUUCGUAGCUAAAUAUUUUUAUUGUAAGUGAUAUAAAAGUGUAAUUGUUAAUUGUAGGACCGUUUUGUUAGUUACUAUUGUGCAAUAGGAGAAUAACCCAAAAACACUUAUUUAAAUUGGGUUUUGUUUACUUAAGUAUAUGUUACAUAUACAGGGUGUAACAAAAAGGUAGUUCAUAAAUUAAAUCACAUAUUUUGGACCAAAAAUACUUCGAUUGAACCUUACCUUAGUACAAAUGUGCACAUAAAAAGAUACAGCCCUUUGAAGUAACAAAAUGAAAAUCGAUUUUUUUUUUCAAUAUAUCAAAAACUAUUAGAGAUUUUUAUUGAAAACUAUUGGACAUGUGGCAUUCUUAUCUCAGGAACAUCAUAUUACAUACAAAUUUUAUGGGGAUUUUGUUCCCUUAAGCCCCACAAACUUUUUUGUACGUUUCAAUUAAAUUAUUAUUGUGGUACCAUUAGUUAAAAACAAUGUUUUUAACACUUUUGUGCCUCUUAGUAUUUUUUCGAUAAUCCAGUUUUUAUCGAGAUGUGUCUUCUUUUUAAUAUGUUUUAAAAUAUACCUAAAAAAUGUAAAUUAUAAAUUAAUUUUCAAAUUAUUACCAGGUCUCUAUAAUUUUACAUAUACUAAAUUUCAAUAAGACGUGUAAUGCAUGUAACCAACGAUCUUAGUUGUUAAAGGUGUUCAAAAUGUAUCUACUUGUUCCGUAGUAACAGUAUAUUAUUGACAUCACUUAUCACUUUUUAUCUUUUUUCGAUAAUUACUAUUUUAUUGUAUAGUAUAUAAAUUAUUGUAAACACUGAAUACAUGAUAGUGAAAGAAAUCGUAUUAAUUAAGUUAUUAAAUAAUUUACGCGAUUAUACAAGUAACUGUUAUCCAAAAAUAUUCAAAACCUGAACCAAAUAGUCAUCUCAUUCGUUGCUACCAACUAAUGUUUACAUCGGUGCAUAGCUCAUGCGAAUAAACUGUAACCAUUUACAAAUAUAUGUAGUGGAAUGUUCAAAAUAACUCAAGAAAAACUGGCUUAUCGAAAAAGUUCUAAGAGGCAAAAAGUUUUAAAAACAUUGUGUUUAACUAAUUGUAUCACAAUAAUAAUUUAAUUAAAACGUACACAAAAGUUUGGUGGGUGUAGGGAAGAAAACCCCCAUAAAUUUUUAAGCGGUGUAGAAAUUUUACUAUAAUUUUUUAAGACGUUCCUGUCAUAAGAAUUCCACAUGUCCAUUUUCAAUAAAAAAUCUCUAACAGUUUUCGAUAUAUUGGAAAAAAUCGAUUUUCAGUUUGUAACUUCAAAGGGCUGUUUUAUGUGCAAAUUUGUACUAAGGUAAGUUGUGUUCAAUCGAACUAUUUUUGGUCCCAGAAUAUGUGAUUUAAUUUAUGAGCCUUUUUGCUACACCCUUUAUAUUAAGUAUUGUGAAAAAGAUUUAUUGUUUAUUGUUAAAAAAUAGAAUUUUGUGGCUCAACUGUAAAAUGUGGGUGGACCUAUUUUUUGGUGCAGAUUGCUAAUAGUGCAGAUUUUUUAAUAUUUAUUUAUUGUUGUGUAACUAGCGUAUAUCUAAUUAGGAUCGACAACAGUUUUAUAUACAUAUUUUAUAGCAAAUCUCACUCAGUAUAGUUCUAACUAUUUAUAUCAUAUACAAGGCGGACACAUAAGUAUCUCGGAAUCUUAAUAUCUGUAAAGAAUACCAUUUUAAUUUUACCCUAGCACUCAGAGGUACCCACUGUCCAUAGAACAAGUACUUAUAUAACACGGGAUUUAUACUUCCACGAAACACAUGAAUUUCGUAUAGGGCAAUUCGUCGCCGCCAUUUUUUGCGUACACUUUAUCUAUGACCUACAAUAUGUAUACGUCAUACAUCAUUGGUAUAUCCCAAUUAUAUAAAUAUGCUAAUGACGUAUGUCGUAGAUAUAUUAAACGUCAUAUGUCAAGCGUACGAAAAAAAUGGCGGCGAUGAAUAGCCCUAUACAAAAAUACGUUCCAUGGAAGAUGUAUGUGUUCCAUGGAACACAUAAAAUGACUAGUUCCAUGACUUCUCGUAAAGCGACAGUUCGUAACUCCACAAUCGGUAACGGACAAUCCGUAACGCCGCCAGUUCGUAACGGCGACACUUCGCAACAUCGACAGUUCGUAACUAUAAAUUUUCGUAACUUUAUAAUUCGUAACGCCAAAAUUUAGGUUUUUUUAGCAAAUUUAGCAUUACUGAAUCUAUACAAUGAAUGUAUUUUGCAUACUUUUCUACACUAAACGUAGUAAUACUUUUUUUAAGACUACAGUCCUCUCUCUCUCUCUAACGAUAUGAAAUGGACUGGGAAUUUUCAUCGUUGUAAGGAGAGAUUGUUAUACAGAGAGACAGGGACACAGUUCGUCAUUGUAAUAAUAAUCAUACUGUACUAAAUUACCCAUUUUAAUUUAAAAUAGGUUAACUUUUAAUAAUACUUAAGGGGCUAUCGUAGUGUAGUAAAAGUGCGAAAUUCAUAUACUUUUUUUGGGAAUUUCUAAAAUAAAAAGUAUAGUAUCAAUUAAUUUGAAAAUUUGCAUGAGCAUUUAUUAUAAAAAGAAGUACAUGUAAUAAAACAAUUUUCUUAAAAAAAUAUUUAAAAUUAAACGAUUUAUGUGCAUCUACUGGCACCGUGAAAAUAAAGACAUAGCUCCACUGCUACAGUGAUUGGGACUAAUAUAGAUCCUAAAACAUAAAAUUUUAAAGUUAUUAUUGAAACAUAAGAUAUUUUCUAUACCAUCAACUAGGGGUUUUUUGAUCAGAUAAAAAAUGUCAAUUUAACGGUUUUUGAAACUGAAAAUGUUUUAGCAGAUUUUAAAAAAAAUUUUCAACACGUCAUUUUUCCAAAUUUUAAUAUUUUUCAAAAAUUCUAGUUGAUGGUGUAUAGGAAAUAACUUAUUUUUCAAUUAUUAUAAUUUUGAAAUUUUAUAUUUCAGGAUCUCUAUUAGUCCCAAUCACUGCAGCAGUGGAGCUAUAUUUUUAGUUUCACUGUUCAAAACUGUUUUGCAUAUACGUCUUUUUAUAGUAAAUGCUCAUGUAAAUUUUCAAAACAAUUGGUACAUUACUUUUUAUUUUAGAAAUUCCCAAAAAAAGUAUGUAUAUGAAUUUCGUACUUUUACACUAGGAUAGCCCCUUAAAGUACUUCAACCGAGAAUACUUUACGCUUUUUCGAAAACAUGUUGACUGUUCACAGACUGUAGACUGAGAUACAACCGAAACUGGAAGUGAGAAGUCGUCAAUAGAUGACAACAUCUGUGUGAAAACAGUAAAACGGGCACCACAUUCUCGGCGAAGUUACUCCGCCAAAGUUGACCGAAGUCCGAAGUGCCUCUCUACACACUCGUUCUACUUCGCGAGGAACACAUUCAAGCGGUGUGAUACCUACAAACAUCCCUUUGACUCGGACGCGCUAGACCGACAGAUUUCGGAAGUAGAACGAAGUUAGACAAAGUUACACAAGGUGGCCGUCUACACUCUCGUACUUGUUGAACCUCGAUCGACUUCGGCGAGAGUGUGGACGUCGUUUAAGGCACACCGCCCAAACGAUAAAAGCGUGUUACUUAAAUUUCUGCACACUGGAUUGAAAUUUGAACCACCAAAUUUUUGCUAAAUGUUGCACGGUGGUCCACAAAAUUAAUCACUUACUAAUCUAUUUUUAUCACGUUACAUCUACGCAAGAGGUUUAGUUAUCGGCCAAACGCGAAUGGUUAUCAGUUGUUUUUUCUCUGAUAUUUGGCAAAAGGGCUCAAGUCAGAAUUGCACGUCGAUAAUGUUUUGAUGAUUUCUGGACCAGAAAAAUCGGCUCUUUUUAUAGGUACAUACAGUUUAAGUCUACUGUAGACCAGAAAUCAUCAAAACAUUAUCGAUGUGCAAUUCUGACUUAAGCCCUUUUCCUCAAACAUCAGAGUUUUAAAAAGUGAGGUCAUCGACUAUUGAACGCUGAAAAGUGAUCGCUAUAAAGAGAGAACGAUAUCGGUAUAGAGAAAAAAUUAAUACAUUGUCCUUAUGACGAACCAAACAACGUUUAGUAUUUUCAUCGUUAUAGAGGAAUUAUCGUUAUAUAGGGAAUCGUUAUUAAGGGAGGCUACGUAGUUCUUCUUCAAUAUAUUUCUCACAUAUUUUUGUAAAAUAUGACAACUACAGAGUUUUUUUAAAUUUCUUCUUCUGAAUUAUCACUUUAAAGUAGUAAAACUACUGUUACAGUGUUAAUGUAUAUUUCUCUACCAAAUAUGAAAUGUGUUAAAAAUGCUUAUCCUGAUGCUGGUUAGUUAAAUUUAUAAUCGUAACUUCAACUGCAACUGUAAUAAAAAUUGGUUUCCACGUUAACAAAAAUAAACAGGAUACGAUUUGACGUUACGAAUUAUACCGUUACGAAUAGUUAUAGUUACAAACUGUUGAUGUUACGAAGUGUAGCCGUUAUGAACUGACGCCGUUACGAAUUGUCCUUUACCAUUUGUGGAGUUACGAAUUGUCAUAUUACGAGAUAUCUUGUCACUAAAAUGGCUAUAAUUUCGUUAACUUAUUGAAUAUUCUUAGUGGUGAAGUUAGCUGAAAGCUUUAAUGAAGCUAUAUACGGCAGACGUAUUUUAGAAAUGAUCUCUUUACAGUUAUUUUUAGUACUUAGUUAUUAUAAGAAAAAAAUACUUGUUAAAGAAGAAGACAACGGUAGUUUAUUAGUCUCAAGUUGUGCAAUUUGUUUCUGCUUUGUGUGUAAACUGUUUUGGUGAUUAAUUGCUUUUCAGUACUUUGGAUAUUUUAUAAUUAAAAAUUUUUAUUUUUGUUUUGCUUUGAAGUUUCCAUUUCCAACAAGGAAAUCCUUCUCAUAAAUUGGCGGUAAAUGCAUUAUGGCAGCUAAGACACAUAAUUGUUUUCAUAUUAUGUGUUUUCGAAUUACUGCGCCUCGAUCUAGAAUGCAAUAACCAUAUUCUACAUUGUUAAUUGUGUCUUAUCUAAAGCUUCUAUUUUUAUAGUUACUGCUUUUAACGUCCACCCUUCUACUCCUUAGAAACAGAAAAGAGAAUACGUAUCAUUUCCUGGAGCGCCAACGCUUAGAGUGCGGUUAUGAAUGCUGAUCUUGCUAUUUAAAUUCGGGUCUUAAUCUCUACAUCCCACUUAUUAUUAUUUACUGUGUAUCCUAGAUAUGUAUUUGAAUCGGUAUACUCUAUAUUUAGGUCGAUAUUUUGGAUGUUCUUAUUAAUCACUAUAAAUUUGGUUUUCUUUCUAUCGAAUUAUUGUCUGUAAUAUUUACUUUAUUGAGUAUAAUCUGCAAAUCUUUUAUGUUAGCUGCCUGUAUAACGGUAUAAUCAGCAUAUCCAAGAUUACAGUACCCCAUUAACAUUGAUGCCUCCAUUGUACUCCUCCAGUGCCUCUAUUAAGAUUUGUUUCGUGUAUAUGUUGUACAUAAAUGAGGAAGUUGAUAGCCUCGCAAAAUAAUGAGCUAAUACCCCAUUCUAAGGUGCAGAACUCUUCUGUGGACUUUAAAAAGCCACGCCAGAGAGGAACUCCGGGCCUGGGAACUUAAUCAACUACAACUGUAAUACUGGUCUAAUACACCAAGAUAAAGGAAAGCAAAAAGACUCAUAAAAGUGUCUCGACUGCAACAAACAUCCUUCUCGAAAUGAGUAAAAAAGAUAUAAAAAUAGAAAAUCUACGGUUUCGUUUUGAUUUAAAUUUGUCUCCUGCCAUCCCCCGAUAGUACUAUUUCUAGGUCUACCCGUUGUCAAGCAGGCUCUGCAGCAGACAAAUUUACACCAACACGUCCAUAGUUUCUUGGUAUAAAAUAAAACAAUUUAUACCGCAGUAUGGUUUAAACACCGUCUAACGGGGAAUAAGUGAAAUGAAUGUCGACUCGAUUCAAGUUCUCUGUUUAACCCAGGUAUGACAAUACCAAAAGGCACUGCCAGGAAAAUAUUCCAAUUUGCGGUUCAGAGAACCUGUAUUAAUCGAGUCUUUGUACUCUAAUACAGAGUAUGGCAUUAUUAAAAAUAGAAAAUCUACGGUUUCGUUUUGAUUUAAAUUUAUUUUUAAUAAUGCCAUACUCUGUAUUAGAGUGCAAAGACUCGAUUCAUGCAGGUUCUCUGAACCGCAAAUUGGAAUAUUUUCCUUGCCGGUGCCUUUUGGUAUUGUCAUACCUGGGUUAAACAGAGAACUUGAAUCGAGUCGACAUUCAUUUCAUUUAUUCCCCGUUAGAGGGCGUUCUAACCAUACUGCGGUAUAAAUAGUUUUAUUUUAUACUUGACAACGGGUAGACCUAGAAACAGUACUAUCGGGGGAUGGCAGCAGACAAAUUUAAAUCAAAACGAAUCCGUAGAUUUUCUAUUUUUAAUAAUGCCAUACUCUGUAUUAGAGUACAAAGACUCGAUUCAUACAGGUUCUCUGAACCUCAAAUUGGAAUAUUUUCCUGGCGGUCCUUUUGGUAUUGUCAUAUCUGGGUUAAACAGAGAACUUGAAUCGAAUCGACAUUCAUUUCAGAUAUAAAAAUAGUCACUGGCCUUCUCACUGGUCACUGCCCUCUGAGAUAUCAUCUCAAAAAAAUGGGCACAUCAGAAAAGAAACGGCAGAACAUAUACUAUGCAACUGCGUAGCACUGUUCUGCAGAUCUGCCUUUACCGAACCGAUAUCAUUAGUCCGACGGGCCUACCUUUUCUUCUAUUUCUUUUUCGAGUCUUGACUUUAUAGGAUUUUGGUACAGCUGGCAAAUAUUAACAUUCAGUUGGUGACGUUUCAAUCAAAUGUAGGGACAGUUUAUACACAUGGCAUAGGUAUAACUAAUAAAAAGGAACAUGGCAGUUUUUUAUCGGCGAAAGUAAUAGUAGCAUUGUCUUAUAUUAAAAUAAAAAAUAAUAACAGUAUAUAGAAUUUGCUAGUUUUAUCGGUAAAGUACUAUAAUCCGUUAAAAGUGUCAGUGGGAAUCAUCACAAGCCCCUAGUUAUUUUCUUGAUCUCCCAUAUUGAGAACAUCAAUAUCAUGACUAGGGAAAAAGGUGCGUUACUUAGAACUAAGUUGAAGACGUCCACUAUGUUGCAGUUGGAUUCCGAGAUACUUUCUUUACCUGCCAACUUUCUCCCUCUAGUAAUAUUUACAGAACACUUAAGUUAAGAUUUUAAUAUAGUAAGGGCAUGCGCGAAUGUAAAGAGUCCAAAUAAAAUCUGACUUUGAACAUGGUUUUUCCACGUUUAUUCGCGAUUAUUGAGUUUUAGUUUUUAAUCCCUCAGAAACGUGCAUAUCAAUGAAUAGUAGAGGAUGUACUGUUCCAUGUUCCAUGUAGUUGUUCCAUUUUAUAUUUGCCUAUGCGUCAUCAUUUAUCUUCAAACAAGUUAAAUCAAAACAUAAAGUGAAACGUACGUCGAUGUGUAUACUACAGUCACAAUAAAGAUGCACUAGAAAUAAACAAACCACGGAGCAGCACUCCCAAAUUAUGAUUUAUAAGGUAUAUACAUUGUAUAUCAUGAUUUACAAAGCUUAUACAUUGUAAGUAAUGAUUAGGCAGUGCUCCUCGUAACAUUAAAGGUGUCUUGGUUUGUUUAUUUCUAGUGCAUCUUUAUUGUGAUUUUAGUAUAGUAUCAUUGAUAGGUACGUAUACUGUCAGUGGUAAUAAUUAGGAAAUGGUUAUUAAGUUAUUUUAUUGAAGUGUUUAAUCUUUUUUCACUAUUGAGAAGAUUGAUGGACUCAACAAUAAACAGAUUGAACAUCAUACCGACUAUUACUAGUAUAAAGAUAAAUGUAGAACGGUAAUAAAUAAAUUAAAAAGAAACAAAAAAUUAAACAGUAAUCUCGAAAAUAAACAAAUAAGUUUCCAUUCGACAGAAAUAUAGCCACACUCAUAAAUCGUAAAAAACUAAUACCGGAAGUAUUUCCGGUAAAAACCGGAAGUAAUCAAAUUAAGAGAGGACAGUAGUUAGUCGUUCUAACAAUAAUUAUGUUUGAAAAUAAAAAUUACAAUAAUAUAAUAUAUAAAGACUAAAAGUUAAAUGAUUUGAAACACCGAAUAAACAAUAAAUUCAAACAAUAACCAACAAAUGCGCUUAUAUCACUGUUACUUAAAAUCAUAAACGUCAAAAUUCAUAGUAAACAAGGUAUCAACGACAUGUCAUAUUGUUUAUCCUUGUUUAACUUAUUGUGGUCUCUAUGAACAAGCGGCUUAAUUUUGCAAUACUAGUUUCUGUGAGUUUAAAAAUAAUUCGUGAAUAAUUCCAUGCAUGGGAGAAGUUAGAGUGGAAAACAUAUGACAUUGUGUUGCAUUUCAUUUGGUUGGACUUUAGUUGCUAGUUAAAAGUAAUAGAGGAAAUACGCUAUUUUCAAAGUCAAAAUUUUAAAACAAAUUUACAUUUUGUUGAACUUCUCUCUCACUAUUGUCCGGACACACUACUUAAACUAGCAUUGCUAGUUCUAAUAUAUAAAGAAAUCGAUUAACACGUUAACUGCCACGGGAAGCAAGUGUGAAUCCAAUCGUUAUUUGUGGCGACGAGAUGCAUACGUGCUUCUUAUUUUAAAUCAUUCGAAAAAUAAUAACAAUGUAAGAUUUUGUGCUCAAACUGAAAGCUAACUAUUUAAAAUGCUUACUCUAAACGUGUUUAAUAUUUUGACUCACUCAAGUUUCUUUUUACUAUGCAUUGUGGCGUUUAACGUGUUAAACUAUAUAUGUGACGCGUCGUAUCGACGCCAAAAAUUUCUUUGCAAAACAAGACAUAACCUCUCAGUGUUGCCAAGUUGUACUUGUGUUGAUCGAGCUCAUACUACACGAUUUACUGGACAUAUUUUUGUAUUGCUCGAUACAAUUUGUUCUUGACGAUCGUGAGAUGGAACUACAAGUGCCUUAAUUAUUGUAAUAAUUUUAGAAAACAUUGUACUGACUGUUCAUGAUGUGAACAGCUCAUAGUGCAGCCUAUUUGACUACUGUUUCUGAUAAUUCUUUUGAUUAUCACGAGAACAUGAUGCUCAGUAUAUUUAUAUAAUUAUUCAAAUCCAUCCAUUUUGGUGCCUUUUAUUAAUAUUUGUAUAUACAAAUAUACGAUAUAUAUGUACAGGGUGUUUCGUUAAGAAUUGUCUAUAUAGUAACUGGAGAGACGUUAGCACAAAAUACGAGGAUUUAACCUAAUACAUUUAAAUAAAAUAUUCCUGCUUACCGAGAUACAGAGUGUUUUAUUACAAAUAUUCUAAAAUGAUUUUAGCCCAUUGUUUUAACACCUUCCAAUAUUUUUUUUCAAUCUUGACAAACAGUUUUCACAUAUUAAUAUACUUUAAGUGGUGUUAAAAGAUAGUUUACCGCUGUUACCAGAGGCGUGCUAUAUAUACUUCAUUUUCCCCUUUUUUCUUUUCACAAUCUGCGUCACUGUCGUAAUAAUCAUUUCAGCAUGUUUUUUGAUUCUCCGUUACUUUUUACGUAAAUAUCAUCCUUUUGCCUCGAUGCGAUAGAGUGAGUAGUUUUCAAGUUUUCUGCGUUUAAAGGUAAUGUAUUCGAUAAUAUUAUAUACAUAUUAAACAUUAAAUCAGAUUAUGUGUUUAAAAUACACACAAUCUUAUCGAAUCCAUUAUUUUAAACGCAAAUAACUUAAAAACGACUCACUCUAUCGCACUGAGACAAAAGGAUGAUAUUUACGUAAAAAGUAACGAAGAAUCAAAAAACAUACUGAAAUGAAUAUUGCGACAGUGGAGUAGAUUGUGAGGGGGAAAAGGGGGAAAACGAAGUAUAUAUCCCUACAGCACGCCUAUGGUAACAGCGGAAAACUAUCUUUUAACACUAGUUAAACAAUCCUGACAUGUAUGUUAAACCGUUUGUCAAGUUUGAACAAAAAAUAUUGGAAGGUGUUAAAGCAAUGGGCUAAAAUCAUUUUAGAAUGUUUGUAGUAAAACACUCUGUACCUCGGUAAAAAGGAAUAUUUUAUUUAAGUGUUUUAGGUUAAAUCUUCGUAUUUUGUUCUAAGGUUCCUCCAGUUACUAUAUGGACAAUUCUUAAUGAAGCACCCUGUAAAUAUAUCAAGUCGUUUCGUAAAUGUAAGUUAUGAUAUAAUCUUAUUAAAGUUUGUAUACACACACAUAUCUUAUUACAGUGUGUUUUUGAAAAUUUUCUUGCUUUGGACUGAGAAAUAUUAACAAAUAAAAAUCUGGAAGCUUCUAUAGUAUUUUUUUGUAGUAGUCAACGAAAAUUAAAGAUGGUCUUCCGUAAAAAUAUAUAUUUGGUGGUUGUAUGAAUCUUUUUUUAUCAUUUUAUUAUUGUAUAUCUUUUCCAUGCUCCAUGAGUCGUGGUUGUAACAAUAUUUUCAAUUAUUUCAAAAAUCGUCCACCUUUUGUUCCUGCUAACUUUCUUUUGGCUUUCGGUCAAUAUUAGUAUACUAAUAUAAGUAUACUAACUUACUACAGAAAGUGAGCUCUAGCAGAAGUACAAAAAGAAAAUUUCAUUAUGGAAUUUUUCAUUGAAGAAAGGGGCGUCUAGAAAAAAAAAGACGAAUAUCUGUAAAUUUUCUGGAUUUUUUUCAAAAAAAAAUGUGAUAAUUAAGAACAUAUUAAAGUACCUAUAUUUUCAUUAAAUUCCAUCACAAUUGAAUAAUUUUCUCAAAAAUGAAAAACAAGAAACCAUAACAUUGAAAAAAUACUAUUUUCUUCAUUUUUCUCGGUCAUUUUGAGGUUAAAAAUUACAAUUUGAGGUUACAAUUUUGAGUGUUACAAAUGUUACAUAACAAAAGUUGUAGAUUUUUAUAUUAUCUACAACUUUUGCAUUUGAAAUCUUUUGAUAGAAUGUAAAAUUUCGCCUGAAAUUAAAAAUAUUUUUUUUUCACCUCCAAAUCGUCCCCAGAGCUUUCCAGUUGUUUAUUUUAAUUUUGUGUAUUAUACUCCCACCUACCACUUACCAUCAUAAAAUUUAAUUUCGCCUUUUUUUGCUAAUUUGGUGAAAAAAUAAAUUUUUCGUGGAAACUGAAGAAGAGGCACCUUACGCUUUACCUUUUUAUCGAUUUCUUUUUUAUAUAGAAGCUUUUUCAUAAAAGAAAAAGUCAUUUAAACAUAUCUGAUAGUCCAAUGUGAGAAAAUUUUCAUGGACGUUUGUUAGUGCCUUUUAAAAAAAGACCCAACUGUGUUAGAAGUUUAAGUCAAUUUAUACCUUUAUAGAAGCUUGAAUUUACUUACUCAAGUUGAAAGAAUACCAGAUCAUCGCAGAUGUUGGUAUAUUUUUGCUGGCAAAAUGUACCAUAAUUAUCAAUCUUCUAUUUGUAUUGAUGUGAAAAAACGUACAAACUGUAUUAUUGUGAAUUAUUUCUAAUAUAAAAUAUACUUUUCUGUUUAUUUUAGGUAAAAUGCGUAGAUGUUAAUAACAGAAGUUUGAAAAUUAAUAUCGUUUUUAUUUUAAGGCGCGUAUUACAUUAAGAUGAAUGAACCAAAAUUACGACAAAAUAAUUUUAUUGAAAUUGAAAAAUAUUAGGAGAUAUAAUAUACUUUAUUCUUAAUAAUAUUGUUAAUUGUACCAUUAAUUUUCAAAUUGACUGCGUCGACUGCAUAUUUAUAUUGGUAACUAACAUUUUGCUACCAGUUUACAAAUCAUGGUAGAUUGAAUCUUUAUUUGUCUGCAUUUUUACAUGAUCUUCAACAAAAUAUAACGCCAAUAUCUUGUCAGUCAUAUUCUAUAUUUUUUUGUCUUUAGUUUAUAUAAAAAAAUCAUGGUUCUGGUACUACUACAGGGUGGACUGGAGUUUCUCAUAAUACUUUUUUCUUACAUCUUUUGAAUGCCAAGUAUUGGUAUACCUACCAGAAAUUUUAACAAAAAAAAAGAAAAUUUGCUGGUUAUUACUGAGACAAAAUGAAAAUAAUUGUUGUAAUUUAUUGUAUUUUGAAGACUAUAUAUCGUCUCCUUAAUACUACAACUAGGUAACUCGAAAUUUUGCGAUAUUAAAAAGAGCGUGAAAAAUUAUAUCGAUAAUGGUAGAUAACUCAAAAUUGCAAAAUUUCGAGUUACCUAGUUGUAGUAAUAAGGGGACGAAAUAAUCAGAAUCCAACGUCUGCUCAUUGCCAAUAGGGAAGAGCUGGAAAAAGAUUCUUCCAAUGGAGAACUAUGUCCACAGAUGAAUGAUUUAAUUUAAAAUUCCCGCCAAAAUGUCAACUAUUUGUUUAAAAAAAUGUAUUGUUUCUUUACAAAAUGUAUUUUUCUUUUUGUUUUUAAUCUUUAAUGAUACAUUUUUAAGCCUCUGGGUUGGUCUUGAAAGUUCCAGUUCCAUACCACGUAUUAUCUGCGAUUUGCUCUCGUUAGUGCCUAAAUGUUCUGGGUGUAGGCAACCACCAUAUCAUUUUACUGAUCAUUCCACGUCCAUGUAACGAUCACUGUCCUGCGCAGUACCAUGGAACGUAUUAUUUCGUUCCAAUGGAACCCAUCAGUUAAUUCACAUGGGAUCGUAAUGUGACGGUUCUCAGUCGUGUUGGAACAAACCUUUAGUCUUUAAAUUAAACAAAGUUAGUAGAUUUUUCCAGAAGAGCUUUCUUAGAUAUAAGUAAGGCUACGACCAGACAAGCGACAAUUUACGGAGCUGUAAGAGCAGUAAAAUGAAGCGCGAAAAUGGGUCCCACGAUGAGUGUAGUGGAUGGCCAUACUGAGCUGUAAAAUAUCGAGCAGAAUAUCGAACGGGCCCAUCUUCGGCGUCGUGUCGCAAACGAAAGGACGUGGGUCCAAUAUUUGUAGCUUAUUUAGCCACAACAACGACCAAAACACUGUAAUUACAUCUCGCGACACGCCGUAAUUUACAUCCUCGUCUGGCCAUGCUUUUUACUGCAACUGCUGCUUCAUUUUACUUCUCUUACAGCGCCGUACAUUAUCGCUUGUCUGGCCGUACAUAUCCCUCAGUGGCACAAUGAAUUAUUAGUCUAUAUGUUUGGGUCAUUAUCAUCAAUCAGCCAAUUGUGUCCACUCCUGGACAUAGGACCUCUUGUAGCAAGUUUCCUGCUACUCUUUUUAUCUUCGGCUUCUUUUAUAUAUUUUGAUAAAUGCCAGAUAAUAUUGGUUUUUCGUUUGUAGACAUCUGCACAUCACUUAUGAUGUCAACUAUGAAUAUGAAAUCAAAUGAAAUGCCAGAAAUGGCUAUGCGUUUUAGACAAUUAGUCGUAGCAUUUGGCAGAUCAAUUAUUUUCUUGUAAUCAUAUCUUUUGUGUACUUUUCCAGAUUGUAUUCAAUCUCCAUUUACUGCUUUGCAACAAGGUCCUUAAUUCCCUUACUUACUCGAAAUUGAGCGUUUAUAUUUGUUGAAGAUUAUGUUUGUUUCUAAUACUCUGUAGAUAUUGUAUUUGGUUAAAAAACCACAAGAGUACUGUAUAUUUAAUACUGUAGGCAUUUUAUAACCACAACAAUUUUGUAUGUUUUUCCAAUAAACACAGUAAGAUUGGUAUUGUAUUUUUUUGUGAAUUGUAUUACACUUAUCAGUUGUAAAUAUAUAAAAAAUUAUU